AAAAAGCCCUAGGGAUUGGAAUACAAUUUAAAAGUAUAUUUAAUUCAUUUGUUGUUUAUAACUUCCCCAAUCAUUAUAAUACAUAUAUAAUUUGAGUUUCCAAAAAAAGAAAAAAAAAAUACUUCACAUUCCUCUGCCUCCUUAUCUCUUUCUUAUUCUCUCCAUUCUUCUUCCCUUCUUCUCUGUGAAGCUAGAUCUUGAACUAGGACUUCAAGCUUACCAGUCUUCAAUACCGAUAUCUGUUCUUUACACCAGCUUAAUUGAGUGAAGAAAAAUCUUAUUGAGUUGAAUUAAAAAGAGAUGAGAUCAGGAGAAUGCGACGAAGAGGAGAUUCAUGCAAAGCAAGAAGGAGAUAGUAAUCAAAAUCAUCAAGUAAACUUAAACCACAUGUUGCAACAGCAACAGCCGAGUACAGUAUCAUCUUCAAGGCAAUGGACUUCAGCUUUUAGGAAUCCAAGAAUCGUUCGAGUAUCGAGAACAUUCGGUGGCAAAGACAGACACAGCAAAGUAUGUACAGUCCGUGGUCUUCGAGACCGGAGGAUAAGGUUGUCAGUACCUACAGCGAUUCAACUCUACGACCUUCAAGAUCGAUUAGGGUUGAGUCAGCCAAGCAAAGUCAUUGAUUGGUUACUCGAAGAAGCAAAAGAUGACGUCGACAAGCUCCCUCCACUACAAUUCCCACAUGGUUUCAACCAAAUGUAUCCAAAUCUCAUGUUUGGUAACUCCGGGUUUGGAGAAUCGCCAUCGUCAACUUCAUCAACAACGUUUCCAGGAAGUAAUCUUGGGUUCUUGGAAAACUGGGAUCUUGGUGGUUCUUCAAGAACAAGAUCAAGAAUCACGGAUACUACUACGACGACCCAUAGAGAAAGUUUCGAUCUAGAUAAAGGGAAAUGGAUCAAACACGACGAGAAUAGUAAUCAAGAUCACCAAGGGUUCAAUCAUCAGCAUUUCCCACUGACCAAUCCUUACAACAACACUUCUUCUUAUUACAACCUCGGACAUCUUCAACAAUCGUUAGAACAAUCCGGUAAUAACGUUACUGUCGCAAUAGCUAAUGUUGCUGCUAAUAACAACAAUAAUCUCAACUUGCCUCCUCCUUCCUCGUCUGCUCCGGGAGACGGAUCUCAGCUUUUUUUUGGUCCUACUCCUCCGGCUAUGAGCUCUCUAUUUCCGACGUACCCUUCGUUUCUCGGAGCUUCUCAUCAUCAUCAACAACAAGUCGUAGAUGGAGCUGGUCAUCUUCAGCUCUUUAGCUCGAAUUCAAAUACGGCGUCGCAACAACAGAUGAUGACGGGUAAUACGAGUUUGAUUAGACCAUUUCAUCAUUUGAUGAGCUCGAAUCAUGAAACGGAUCGUCAUAGUAGCGAUAAUGAUUCCGAUUCAUGAAACGUUUUCUAUAUCCUACACUAUACAUAAAUAUAAAUAUGUUAUAUAUAUGUAUACGCAUUCUUCUAUAUUUUUAUACAUAUGCGUAUUGUUGGGUUGGUUUAUAUAUCUUCCUCGUGUAUGUAUAGAAAUUUUAAUAAUCACCAAUAUGGAUUGGAACAAAGACAUUCAUAAUGCGAGGAUGGUUACGUUUUGUUAUAUUUAUAUAAUUUUGAGUUUUGAUAUAUGUUUAUGUA